AUGACAAUAUACAAAUGCCACAAGAGCAACAAUGCCAUGUGGCAGUAUCUGUUCAGCGCCUUUGAGGUUCAUGCUGCUGAAACUCAACACCCGGCCCCCGAAUUUGAAUAUCCCUUGUCGAGUGACGCUACACACCACGCUAAGAACACGAGCACUUUGCGCACUUGCAUUAGCAGGCUUUCGGUACCAUGGGACAAGAAGGCUCAGGAGCUGCGAUUUUCUGGCUAA